UUCAGAUGGGCUGAAAGACCAUUGACGUUACGUCACUCGGGAGGCCGGCCGGGGUCCCAUCCCGCCACCGCGCAGGCGCAGAGCCGCGCGUUGCAUCCUGGUCGUGUGAUGGCGCCGCGCGGUGAUGGAGUCGGCAGAGCGGAGUCGGCAGGUUUCUCAGAGAUCCCCGUGAGGUUCCUGGACAAGAGCCCGGUCUCCCGCUGCCUCCUGGUGAAGCCGCACCGGGCCCGUGAACCUGCUGCCGCCCGGCCUCAGAACCGCACGCUGUUCGUGCUCAACGUGCCGCCCUACUGCACCCAGGAGAGUGUGCACAGGCUCUUUUCACAAUGCGGUGACGUCGUGGCAGUGGAACUACAAGACAGACCAGGCCCAGGAACCAAACCUGAGGAAGUGAAAUCUAAGUUUUUCUCCAGGAAACCUGCGGAGGGCUUCCAGGUGGCCUACGUUGUGUUUAAGAAACCAGCCGGGAUGAUGUCUGCCCUGAAAGUCCAAGAGCCUUGGGUCCUGUCUCCGAAGGAGCACCCCAUCAAAACAGGCCUUCAGAAGUGGAUCCAGGAGUACUCAUCCAGCAUCAUCGACCCUGAGGCGCUACAGAGCGACAUCGACGAGUUCAUGAAGCAACACGAUGAGCGGGUAGCAGAGCUGGAGGCCGCCGCUGAUGCUGAGGACGGGGUCCCGGACGAGGAGGGCUGGGUGAAGGUGACCAGGAAGGGCCGCCGGCCUGGUGUUCCCCGGACCGAGGCUCACAGCCUGCAGGCGAUCCAGCGGGAGAAACGCAAGCGAGCCCAGAAAGAGCUGCUCAACUUCUACAGCUGGCAGCGAAAGGACGCCAAGCGAGAGCAUAUCGCCGAGCUUCGGAAGAAGUUUGAAGAGGACAAGCAGAGGAUCGCUGUGAUGAGGGCCGAACGGAAGUUCAAGCCUUACUGAAACCCGGUCGGGGUGGGGGCCGGCAGGGUAGGGGGUGGGAUUCGGGUCGACGACGAGGCUGCAGCAAUGAGGAAGGGCUUCAGAGAGGGUUCUUCCCUCAUGCUCAGUCCUGUGGUACCCAUGUGUGGGUCCACAACAGCUCAGGACGAUAGCUAUAUGGGACUGGCCAAGACCUUGGGGUGGGUGAUAGGGGCCGGGGCUUUAUCAUGUUAUUCUGGUAACUGAACCCUUGCUGAGUGAACCGGAGCUGGCUGAACAUUGAAUGAGCUCAUCCAGUCACAAGUCAGCGGGCACUGGGCAUACCUUGUGUCCUGGGGGCCAUCCGCUGGGUACGGCAGAGGAACAGAAAAGGCUGCAUGCACACCAAGUCAGGCAGCACCUGUGGAAAGAGAUGCAGAGUUUAAGGUCACCGUUCUUUGUAAUUGGGAGAUGAUGUAGAACUUGCCCAUUGACUACACAUAUCGCUGAUCUGAAUGUGUAUGUUCCCUACAGAGCCCCGCUAUAUAAAAGCCUAUUACUAACUGGGAAAUGUAAGAGUUUCUUAAACAAUGACAUUGUCAAGUUCUGACAGGAACUCUUCAGAUGCCAUGAUUAAAAUUAAAAAGUAAUGGGAGCAAGAGAUAAAUUUCCUGCAGCUCGGUUUUUGCAUAAGCUUGGAUCUUGUCAAUGUUUUCGAACCACUUCACCGUUGGGUCCUUGCCAAAGCUCCCAGUCCAGGGGCUAACUCUCACUGCCAGAGUGUUCCUCAGUGUGCAGGUGGUUGAGCUGCUGAAUCAAACUCUCUGGGACCAAUCUGUCAUUCCCCGAAACAGCCUUGCUGCAGUCGAAUGUAGGUGAACAGUACAGAUAUUUGCAGGGUUCUUCGAGCGAAUAAAGAGAAGCUGAGGCCACUCACAGUAAUUCACCUGUUUGCCACUGCAGCUGUGAGUCAGUUCACUUCCCUGACUUCUCCCAUUGCAGAGGAGGAGGGUUACUUUCACACUAUUUAUUGAACCUGGAGCAUUUCAACUUCAUACCUGGAAAUCUAUUUCAGAUUUUCUAAGAUAUUUGUAAAUAAACAGCCAAAACGUAAACACCUUGUCCUGUGUU